GUACACCAAUCGAGGAACAGAGACGCCUGAUCAGCUCGAAACACCUGGUGAUUUGGUAAACGCCCAUUCUGCGCCAUUGAUCAGGAGCCAGACGAAAUAUGCCUAGCAAUGCACGAGAGGAGCGGCUGCCACGUCCUCUUAUAGACGAGAUGGCCCAGCAAGCGGGUAAGUUUGGAGGUUUGUGAUCUGCUUUUCCUGUUGCAAUUCAAGUCACUUUCCGUCCCUAUCAUAUUAGUGUUUUCUGUCUUCUCCCCCGGUUGAGAGACAAUAGCGCUGUGCGUUGCACUAGAUCCGUGGUGCUGGACAGCAUGAGGAACUUUUUCGCCGCCGUUGCGGCUGUGGCCUUCUUGCCUGCUGUGCUGGCUCAAGCGGCCGAUGCCACAUCUACAACAGUCUCCCCCACCGAAGCUCCAGCCAAGAUCAACCCUGGGACCGUCUCCGAGGGCGGUCUGGGAACGUCGACGGACCCAGGAGUUGCCGGUGCGGCGGGUCCGGACAGUGGUGGAAUCCAUAUCAGCACAGGCGGGAUCAUUGGGAUCGCGGUAGGCAUUGCCGUGGCGGUGAUUGGCAUCGGCGUCAUGUGGUUCCUCUGGUACAUGGCCAAGAAACGCUCCUGGGACGUCCGCAGCAGCAUCCGCCGCGUCUCGCGACGCCUGACCGGCGGCAUCUCGGCGAAGCGGAAGUCGAACCGUACGGCCACCCGAUUAGCGUCGCCGCCGCGCGACCGAGACGUUGAGAAGGGCUACAAGGAGUCGUUUCGACCCGAGAAGUCAAAACCGGUGGCGAACGUCAAACCGAUAGAGAUGAAUAAGCCGGCGAAGGAGACCAAGAAUGGGGACCGGAAUCCUCAGACGUGGAGAUCGAACAUGGCGAGGGAUGGACGGAGAUGAUGAGCGGACCGGCGUUCCGGCGCAAGAUCCUUUGAACUGGGUUUGAGGUUUCAGUGCAUAGCAUUGGACGACCAGUGAACAAUAUGGUAUUGAAGAUGAUGAGUAUUUUGAGCGAGUCUUCGUCAUUUGCAAUUUCGGGUCGCAUGAACUUUCAAAUCUACGGUGUUCUUUGGAUAUUACACUAUCGGCGGAGAGCAUUGCUGGUGCAUAACUUCAUUUAUACAUACUGUAUUCAUCCUUCUAUGAUAGAUCACCGGCAAUCAAAGUCCUCUUACACCAAUCCAUGUCCAUUCCUUACUCGCUAGAUCUUCGUAUAUUCUUCCAAUAGACCGAAACACCUCCUAUCUC